CUUCAGUCAUGGCAAGAACAAAGCAGACCGCUCGUAAAUCCACCGGAGGCAAAGCGCCCAGGAAGCAGCUCGCUACUAAAGCUGCCCGUAAGAGCGCCCCAGCUACCGGCGGUGUGAAGAAGCCUCAUCGUUACAGGCCCGGUACCGUAGCGCUGAGAGAAAUCCGCCGCUAUCAGAAGUCCACUGAGCUGUUGAUCCGUAAGCUGCCUUUCCAGCGUCUGGUGAGAGAAAUCGCCCAGGACUUCAAGACUGAUCUGCGCUUCCAGAGCUCCGCCGUCAUGGCCCUGCAGGAGUCCAGCGAAGCUUAUUUGGUUGGUCUGUUUGAGGACACCAACCUGUGCGCCAUCCACGCCAAGAGGGUCACCAUCAUGCCCAAAGACAUCCAACUGGCCCGCCGCAUUCGUGGUGAACGCGCCUAA